UCGUAGACGGCGGACGUGUUUGUAUUAAGAAACGCUUUAACUGCUGUGGGUUUUGAAAAAAAAAAACGUUAAAAGUAAAAAAAGAGAGAAAUAAAAGUAAAACAAAAAUAAGUCUUAAGCAAGAAAAAAAAGAAAUUAUUACUAAGAAAAGAUAAUAACAAAAGAUAGAAAGUACUUUUUUUAAAAAACGAACGCUCUUAAGCACAGCGAGUGACAACAACAACAACAAAAGAUUAGAAUAAGAAUUAAAAAUAAAAGAAACAUUAUUAUAAAAACUCAUAAUGGAAACCAUAACACGCUCAUUAAAUUACGAACAACCACAAGACUUGCAUUUCGAUAAAUACGCUUUGCACAUUUUGGAAAAUAGCAGAACACCCAAUUUAGCCGAUACCACAACCAUAGCCUUGGCCUCCUCACCUAGUAUAAGCAGUUUCGAAGGCUCAGCUACCCAGCCCCUUACCUCUACGCAUAUUACCACAACUAGUGAAUUUUUUAAAAAACUAGGAGUAGAUUUUUUUCAAUCGCUACAAUCGCAGGCCUUACCUAAGUCAAAUAAUUUGGAUACAUUUGAAGCUCCCAUUCAUACGAUCACUACAUCCGCUAACAGCCAUAAUAUGGAAUUGGAUUUAGGACGUUUAAUUAUGGAUUCUAGUGUACAGAAUAAUGCCAUGGAUGAGCUGCAGACUCAAUUGAAUUAUGAUAAAUUUAUGAAUGGCAUAUGGAUUGGUGUUGUCUUGGCUUUGAUCUUGAUCUCUAUGAUCUUUUGUUUCUGUUCGUGUUUCCUGUAUCAUCAGUUUCGCGUAUGGAAGAGAAAUUAUCGUACCACUGUUACCCAAAACAACGAUGUAGAAGCUGUUAAAUUAAAUUUAGAUAUGGAAGAUCCAGUGCCCGAAUAUACUUUAGUUUCUGGCCUACCCUCCUAUGAAGCUGCCUUAGAACUUUUGCAUAAAACCCCGAAAUCUUGUCUUAUAGUACAUCCCUCAGUAUUUGAAGUAUUUAAUGAGAAACCAACGGCCGAAAACUCCACAACAACAGAGAGUUCAACUACCCCCUCCUCUGGUGAAGUUUCACAACCUUUACUAAACUCUCUGCCCUCCUAUACAGAGGCCACCAACACUGCUUCAACACCCUCUACACCCAGCACUCUGCCAGUACUCACCUACAAUCACAGUUUGGCCAGUCUUUUAUCCCUUAAUCAGUCACAAAAAUCACAGUCCAAAUCUAAAAUGCCCAGCUCUGGCACCACAGACUGUGUAACAGAAAAACCUUUUAAAUCUUAAGUUUUCGCUUAAGUUUUCUUUUUCUGUUUUAAACAUAAUAAGACUGUGAUAACUCCAAAACAUAUGUAUACGGAUAACUAUCAAAAUCUGUUUACUUUCAAACUCUUAGAUAGUUUUUUCUUUAAGUGUAUUUUUCCCUAAUAAGAACUGUGAUUAAUCUCUGUAGCUGUAGUGCUAAAUAUUUAUUUUUAAUUAAUAUGUGGUUUACUUUAUAAAUUAUUUUUUUACUUAUAGAAAUUAUAA